CUGGAAAAAGAAGAGGCGCCAAUAGGAGGCGGCAGGGCUACCAUGGAAACGGGGGCGUUGCCGUAAAGCAGAAGCCGGGCAGGGCCGUGAAGCGUUCUCCUCUGAGGUGACAGCGGUUGAGGAGUUUGUCAUUGGGAGUAGCAGCGGCGUCGCCGUCGGGCUGCGUCCGGGCCUUUUCUUUUCCCCUCCAUCUGCUGCCCUCAGCUCUCCUCCGCCAUGGCGGCGGCGCUGGCGCGGAAGGCCGCGGACUAUGUGCGCAGCAAGGACUUCAGGGACUACCUCAUGAGGUCGCACUUUUGGGGACCAGUAGCUAACUGGGGCCUGCCUAUUGCCGCUAUCAAUGACAUGAAGAAAUCACCAGAGAUCAUCAGUGGACGAAUGACAUUUGCACUUUGCUGCUACUCAUUGACCUUCAUGAGGUUUGCAUAUAAGGUGCAACCCAGGAACUGGUUGCUGUUUGCCUGUCAUUUUACUAAUGAGUUCGCACAACUUAUUCAAGGAGGACGAUUGAUUAAAUACAACCUGGAAAAAAAGAACUGAGCAUUUGACAAGGGAAAACAGAAAAGGUGCUCCUAAUUACAACCAAGAAAGGUCUUUGCCAUUCACAAUUGCUGUAUCUGGUACAUCACCAUCAUCCCAUGAAUAUGUUUAUGCUAAUGUUCUGUAUUGCAUUUUAUAAUUCAACUUUUUAAAAGUGCUGAACAGCAGUUUAAAACUACAUCAGUUUGCUGCCUUACAAGUACAAAAUCUUUAUAGUUAUGAGAUUUUUCAAGCCAUGCACAUGUCAGCCUUUCUGAAUUAUUGAAAGAUGGAAGAAUUUGAUCAUGGAUAUUGGACAGCCAUGCGCACAAAUGUACUUGGUAAUUCUGGUUUUGCCUCCUUAAAUGCAUUGGAAUUGUAUACUAUAUUACAGUACUUGCAUUCAGGGACCCCCAUUCCUGAACAUUUUUCUAGUUGUACAUCCACCCUCCUCUUCAGCACUUUUCUGCUGACUGAAAGUGGGUAAAUACUAACUGCUCUCAAAUUGCUUAUUUGAAUAGCUGUGUAUUUGCUUACCUACACAUUCAGGCCCUUGACAACUAGUUGCUUAAUGUUAUAUUCCACUACCCUCAUGAAAUCAAAUGAAAAGGGCAAAACAGUAGGUAUGCUGGUUUAAAUUAACUUCCCCCCCCCCCCCAACUUGUUUCCCCAAACCUGCCAUGGGGCUGUACUUCAGUUAUGAUACUUGCACACAGCCUACUUUUCUAAAAUCUGAUAUUUUGGUCUGAAAUACCAGUCAGUUUCUUGUGUGAAUUAACAACCAUUUGAGCAAGGUAUUUGCAUAUUGGCACUGCAGAAGAGUGUUGUGCACCUCUUGGGAGACCUGGGCAGAAAGUACAGUUCUGCAUUGCACUGAGCAUAUGCUGUGUCAGUCUUGACAUUUCAUCUCAACUCUCCCGUUUGUUACAUGUUGUAGACCUUAAAUUCAUACCGGUGUGCAAACUCCAUAUUAUUUGCCAAAUAUUUUUCUAGAAAUGUUUUGGUAAAAAAUCAUUAACAAAAGCACUUCAUAAAUUAAGACCUCCGGGCAGAUAUAUCUGAAGGAUAUUCUGUAUUUAACUGGAAAGUUCUGAAAACAAGCAUUUAUUUGUUUUCUUUUUGCCCACUUGUGCAAAGUGUAAAAUAACAACUAGACUGUAUCUAAUGGUUGUAUUUUUAAGGCAACAACUUUGAGACAGUAAACUUCCCCACUGGGGAGAAGUUAUGAUUUGAACAUUUUAAUCAAACUAUUGGCAAUAAAACCAUUUUGAGGGACUUUUGUAAUGAUAAUUUUCAACACUAUUAAUAAAAAUGUUACCUAACUUGCAUUAUUGGAUUGUACAAAGAUAGACAAAAUUAAUGGGAAAUCUAUGAAGGAUGGGACUUUGCAUAUCUGAGGUCCAUUUGAGUUGUAAUAAUCUCAAGAUAAUAUUAAUAUAUUAGUAAAAAAAACUCAUGUCUUUUCUCUUUCUUCUUAUUGAUCAAUGUGGGGCAGGUUCUGUUGGUCUGUGUUGGGUACAAUGUAAAAAUGAAUGGAUAAGGACAAGAAGUUGUACAAAAUACUGAUAAUUCUGAUUCUCUGAAAUGUAAAUGCUUUCACAAUUUC